UAAACAUUCCUAACUUCAAUGAUGUUGUGACAGUCGGCAAAAAUGAGCAAUCACUGGGAUGAAUUCUCGAGACUGACGACGAAAUUCUUGUUUUUAAAUUGCAAUGAUGGCAAAAAUGAAAAUACUCGUAGUGAAUUAAACGACUUGUUGAAUGAUCUGAAUAGCUUCGGGUAUCAAAAUCCAAAAUUCGUUGAUGACAAGACUGCCGUUCGCCUGAUCGAAUCUUUCACCAACAUCGGUACAGACGAAGAGACCAUUAUAGUAAAAGCUUGCUACCUUCUUACGAGUUUAUUAACGAAGCAGAAGGUUCAGGUUCCCGUUCAGACUUUUCGUCCAGUGCUUCAAUGGCUGCUCAAAUGUUUGAAUUCCGACAUUCCGGACGUCGCAGGCGAUGUCCUGAAAACGAUGCAUGCGUUGCUGAAAUAUCAUCCGCAGCAUUUAUUAGAGUUUCGCGAAUCACUCUUGGCACCAAAUGGUCCAUUGAUGAAGCGACUGACCUUCGAUGAAAGCGAGAAAAAGAGGAAGAACUAUGACGGAAGCUCACAAGAGGAGAUUGCGGAGGCUGCAAUGCGAUGUGUCGAGGCGUUGAUACCACCUUUGGAUGAGGACUUGUCAGAUCAUCAUGUCGAACUUUUGGAUGCAGUUGGAGUGGAAAUCAUUCGCCUGUUCUAUUCUCAGAAGAAGAAUUUCGCCGACAGUACCAAUCCUUAUGUAUUCAUAACAUCCGGCCUUGUAGCUUUACAGAAAAUUGCGGCUGGAGAUAGGGACUGGCUAGAGAGGAAUAUAGGCGAAAUUCUUGGCAUUGGGAAGUCGUACAUGCUUUACGGGCUGCCUGGUGUUGAGCAGUCGAUGCCGCAGAAAGUCAUAGUAUCGCAGCAAUCCGUGCUGGAACCCGCAACAUCUCAAACGAACAAAGGAGGAAAAGUGCCGAAAACUAGAAAACCACGAAAUGUAGGGAAGAAUAGAAAGAAGGAUGGUCGCAGCAAAAACUCAAGAAGCGAAGAGUCCGAUAGGGAUAACCACCUAAAGGUCGAAUAUGACAACGCUAUGCUUUCACCAUUUUAUAAAACCAGCGAGUCCGACUACUCUGAAACAGAAUCCGGAAGGAGCCAAAGCGAAAUGCACAAACAAUCCAAAUUGCGCUUGGCUGCUAUCUCUUUAAUUGGUGUUGUUGCCAAAAAUAUCGAGAAAAAAAUUUUCUAUGGCUAUUGGCACUCUCUUUUCCCAUCCGAAUCACUCACUAAUUCCAGUAAAGGCUUAUUAAAUUGCGUGCUGAGGGAUCCAAAUCCACGCUGCAGGGUAGCUGCUUUGCAGGCGACAUCCAUGUUUCUAUUUGGCUCAAAGGUGUACCUUGCACAAGCAGAAACAAGAAAAGCUCCAUCAUCCUUUAUGCCAUUUUCAAUAGCUUUAGGAAAUAUGAUUUUAUCAAUAUACGAAUCGCUUACCCAGGCCUUAUCCGCAGAAAGCUCAUUGCCCGUCUUAACGCAAAUUUUGAAAUGCUUAGGUGUUUUAAUACAGGUAACUCCGUUCCAUCGCAUCGACAACUGUUUUGUUCCCUCUUUCGUUAAAUACAUACGCCGUUUGAUUUAUCAUAAAGAUCCAACUAUUCAAGUCGCUGCACUGAUGGUAAUGGAAUUUCUCAUAUCUGUUCAGGAUAUGACCAACGAAAUCUCUGAGUGUAUAGGAAUACCUAGAAGCAAACUGAAAACAACGAAUAAAAAUCAAAACCAAUUGAAUGAUGUUGGUGCGAAUGAUGUCAUAGAACCACAUGACGAGGAAGAGGUGAUCGAUUCCGAUUAUGAGGGUGAUGUUUCGGAAGUUUUAGAAGAAAACAAAAAUUGUGAGGACAGCUCAAACAAAAUGUCCUGGGUACUACAAAAGGUUCUAGAAAAUCUUGGCGUAGCUGUGGGUACUUUAAAGAAAACUCUAACAUUAGCAGCGGCUCCAGUUCGAAUCGAAAGCCUUCAAGUACUAUCCUGCCUAGCACCACACUUCCUGUUGCUGAAGGAUCAUCUUGAACUCAUUGAGAUUGCCCUCGAAAAGUCGCUGAGUGACUCACAAGCUGAAAUCAGGCUUUACGCAGCUAAGACUUUAGACACAAUAGGACAUUCUAUGAGCGCUUAUCUAAUUGAAAAGGCUGCUGGAGACACUGAUGAACUUUCUGUAUGUGUUAAUUUUUGGUUGAAAAUUUUACCAUCCGUUAUUCAGAAAAUUCAAGGCCAAACACAAAAUCCAGCCUUGAAGGUCAGCUUAUGUGAUUUUAUGUCUAACAUUGGAAUUCAUAUAUUUGAACGUCUUCCUCAUACAACACAUAUUCAAAUUAUCUCACUACUAUCCGGCGCCAGCUGUAAUGAAGAAAACAAUGUGAAGGCAAGUGCAGUUCGAGCCUUGGCGGUUUAUGCUUUAUUUCCUUCACUACGUGAUGAUUUAUGUUUCGUGGAAAAUACUGCUGAGUCAAUAAUUCCAUUACUAAAGGAUGGCAACUUGUUUGUAAGGGUCAAAGCGUCCUGGGCCAUGGGGAAUAUUAGCGAUGCCUUGGUUGCCAAUUGCAUUGAGCCACAGUCGGAAAGAAUUUCAAAUGAUUUAUUUAAGCGUAUACUUGAAGUGUCCUCGGAUUCUGCUGUUGACAACGAUAAGGUACGCAGCAAUGCAGUUCGCACAUUAGGAAAUCUACUACGGCUUUUGAACGCCGAGCAUUUAAGACUACCUGCCUGGCAACUACUUUACAGAACUGCAAUCGACAAAUUAGUUCAAAAUCUCAAUUCCGGCAAUAAUGCAAAGGUUAAGUGGAACGCAUGCUAUGCUAUAGGAAAUCUAAUGAAAAAUGAAUUGCUGUUUACAUCCGCUAAAGACUAUGAUUGGCAAAAAGUUGUAUUCUCUGCGCUAAUCAAUGUAAUCAUUAACAAUGCUAAUUUCAAAGUCCGAAUCAAUGGUGCCGCGGCGUUAGCGGUUGUCGCUAGAAGGGAACAUUAUGGGACACAUUUGUCAACCAUUUGGUCAUCAUUGCUCCUAGCUUUGGAGCAAUCUAAUAAUUUAGUCGAUUUUAAUGAGUAUAAACAUCGAGAUAAUUUGCAAGAGCAGAUCUGUUUAACUCUGAGUCAUGUCAUCAAGAUAUGUAACAAUGAAGAUUUCGUCCUGUUGAAAAUUGGACUGAUUCCAGCGCUUGAAACUAUCAAGCAAACUUGGCAACGCGUAAUCAAUCGUGUCUUGCCAGAGAAUGCCGCACCGCUUCUUUCCUGUUCGCUUUACUUAAACGAAAUACUGCAGCGUCCCAGCUUGCCAAGUGAGACUAAAAACUCACUUCAAGUUCUCGCAUCAUGCUUCGUGUCACCAAGUAAUGAAUAUUUUUAAGUAAAUUGCAACAACAUAUGCAUCCUAGCUAUGGCGAAAUCACUAAAAUUUUUAUAUAAUAAAUUUUAUUUAUUUCUAUCA